AUGGACAAGAUUCUCUGGGACGCCGUAAAACAGCCUAUGUUCCCACCUGGGACGAUAUUUCACUUCAGAGACAUCGGUUUGUUGCACGAUGUCGAUUCGACCAUUAUGGCAUCUGAGGAAUCAGGAAGAUACUGGAAGGUACAGAGCGAACUCGGCAGUGGACAGGUCCGUGUCUACAAGGUGGUUCGCUACCACGAUCCUACGGUUUGCUAUGAUCCUCCGGUCGAUGUCAGCCGGAUAUCAGGGGAAGGGCUCGAUACGAAGGAAGUGGGGAAUGUCGUCGGAGGGAAUACAGAAAGCGGUACGGUCGAAGCUGCCGUCGAAGCUACCGUCGAAGCUACCGUCGAAUCUACCGUCGAAUCUACCGUCGAGUCUACCAUCGAAGCUACCGUCGAAAAGAGGAAGAGGACUACUACGACAGAGAGCGAGGUAGCACUCAAACCAGAGACCAAACGUGUCCAUCGUCCCCAUACAUUGCAAGACCUUCUCAAUCCCUGCGAUGAUACCUCAGUCGACGUCGAGCCGCUAGAGUCGAACGACAUCAGAGCUCUGAAGGUGCAAUACAGGACACCUAAAGAAUAUUCACAGCAGCAUGAUCUGGGAUCACUAGCUUCUGAAUGGAACCAUGCUCAAUCACUGGGAGACACAGUGGUCAAGUAUGAAGCAUGUGGAUGGCUUGAGGUGCUUCUGCCAGGAAGAACUUCCUGGCUUAUAGCAAUCCUGACUGGGUUAUUGAUGCCUGUCUAUGAAGAGUUCAGUUCGCUGGCUACCGAACCCCGUCACUAUGUUCAAGCCUUCGAAACGUUAUAUCGAUUUCAUCAAGCUGGCGGACGCGCUCAUGGCGACGUCAAGCCGGGAAACUUUCUGGUAGCUCGACGCCAAACGGAUUCGAUCGAUCUCACUCGACGCCAUAUGGAUUCGAUCGAUAUCGUCCUGAGUGACCUGGAAGGAGCCCAGCCAUUCGGCUCACCGGUGAAAGAGGUCAUGUCUACCCCCCAAUAUAUGCCCCUGAGUGUCGUCAGUCUUUACAUCCAGGGCCAUGUAAAUGGAGGCAAGCAAGCGAAUUCCUUGCUCAAAUCUGUGACUCCUGUUGUAUGGGAUGCGGCAGUGGACUAUUGGUCGUUUGGGGUGAUGGUUCUGCAGAGGUACUGUCCAGAGUUUUUUAAGAGGUUUCAAGUCAGGGAGGAGAUCAGAAAAGCGGACAGAGCGUUCUUACAGACACCUGAAGCUGCGCUCGAAGCACUAAAGAGCCUCCGCGUCCUCUUCGAGGAUGUCUACGACCAUCCUGAACGGUCUUAUGUACCGGAACUUGAGCGCCUUGGCGACGAAUCCAAGCGUAUGCGGGACCUAUUGAAGUUCUGUCUACAAAGGCCGACAAACUGCAGCCUGAUUGACCGCACGGAGGAACCAUCUGCCAUUGAAGAACUCCUUGAAAGUCUCAAGAUCGAAGCUUUACCAGUCGCCCCCGCUAGUUCCGCCACGGCUGCUACCUCCGCAACGUCCAGCUCAGCCGAGCCCAAGGCAAGCAAGAAGAAAAAGAAACGGCUGGUCGGAAUUGCGGCGAAGUCUGCAGCAUCAAAGGCCAAGGCCUCCGAAUCGAAGAAUGAACUGCGCCGGUCAGCUCUUCUGCCGUGGGGUGGCUGCGAGAUUGUUGAAGUCAACAACGACGGAACACUUGUCAUGAGAGUUCCAGGCGGGAUUAUCGGACCGACCAUAGAGGGUUCAGGUUAUCUCGUUGAACAGAUAUUUGAGCCCUGCUCUUCAAGCCAUGCAAUCGGCUAUCCUUACCUCGAGCCAUCAUAUCAAUGUGAAGAGUGUUCUUAUGCUUCAUUCGGUUGGGACUGUAUGGUAAAACACACCGAACGAUGUCUAGCUAGGGAAAACACUGCUGUGG